CUCUUCGACGCUUCCGUCGUUCAAUUCACCUUCCAAUGCCCGCCUGAUCCUUCGUCAUGAUUUCUCUUCAGCCCGGAAGCCUUUCGAAGUGAGAAAGGCAGCGAUGAAGACGACCUCGCGAUGUUGCAACCAUCGGUUCAAGAUCCUCCGAGUAGCUUGUCCCGAAUAUAUUGACCUGUUUGGAUGUAGACACAAGCCCGCCAUUCCCCCGCGAAACGGCAAUAUAAACGGAGCUUCUCGCUGGUUUCUUGAUGCCCUUAGGCCACAUUUCGUCGACGGAAGAACUCCUAGUACCUAAUCGUCUAACAUGAUGAAGGGUGUGAGUUUUUCCUUUCGGUCCGAGGCUCUUCUCUAUAGGCGGUGGUAGGGACGCAGGUUUUGUGUACUUUCUUACGCUCGCUCUUCUUGAUUCUAUAGGAUUCGAGCUUGGAAACGUCUUGGACAACAAGCAAAAUGCUGCCGAUAUCGACACUCCUGGGCGUGCUGGGCCUCGUGGCAACAGGAAUUAGUGCGCCCAGUUCCCUCGUCUCUCGCGCCCAGACAGUCUAUCUAGCAGGCGACUCCACCAUGGCGAAAGCAACAUCCAACAUCCAAGGCUGGGGCGUCUAUCUCCCGUACUCGCUCAGCCUCCCAGUGGUCAACAAAGCCAUCGGCGGCCGCAGCGCGCGCUCCUUCACCGUAGAAGGCCGCUUCGACGAAAUCGUCAAACUAGUCCAGCCCAACGAUAUCGUCGUCAUUGAAUUCGGACACAACGACGGCGGCAGCUUGUCUACCGACAACGGGCGCACGGACUGUCCCGGUGCCGGAAACGAGACAUGCACAAGUAACUACAACGGCCAGACCGUCACCGUGCUGACGUACCCCGCGUAUCUGGUGAAUGCGGGCCGCGCCAUGGUGGCGAAAGGUGCAAAGGUCAUCAUUAGCAGCCCGACCCCGAAUAACCCCUGGGAGGGCGGCACGUUUACCUACAGCCCGAGCAGGUUUACGACGUAUUCGAAAGAUGCGGCGACGAAGAUCGGGCCGAGUGCUAUGUUUGUGGAUCAUGGCACGUAUACGGCGAAUAUCUUCAAGUCGCUGGGCAAGGCCAAGGUCGAUGUUAUGUACCCUAACGAUCACACGCAUACGAGUCCAGCGGGCGCGGAUGUUGUGGCCGGAGCUUUUGUUAAGGCGGUGUUGUGUGCAGGCGGGGGGUUCUUGAAUGGGUUUAUGAAGAAUAGUACGGCGAGUGUAGCAGGGGCGUGUGUGUAGGGAUGAUGCUACGAAACCAAUUUGUAAAGCGCCCAAUUACUACACAGCGCUGCUCACAUAUGCCCAAUUCUUCUAAGCCACUAUGCUGUGUCUACGAGGUCUGUCACUGGUGCAUGGUUUGUUCCUCAUUUGGUAUAUCCCACUGGUCCAGUGUCAACAACUCUGCUAGA